UUCAUUCGUUUUUAAAAUUACGUCCGAAACCAAAAUUUAAAAAAAUGGCAAAAUUCCUUGGUGUCAUAUCAAACCACUACCCACAUCCUUCCGACGAUUUCGUUCUAGAAUUCACAGACCUCGAUAUGUUGGCAAAUUUUCUCUUCCAUGAAACUCAAAAUCUAUUUUACGAAUUUCAACGAAAAUCCGAAUUCAUCACCGAACAAGAAAUGAAUUUAACACAAAAUUUAAACAAAAUAUCAGAAAUCUACAAUUUCAACCAUUUACUUCACACAAAAUCCCAUGAAAUUGAACAAGAAGUCGACAAAAUCAGUUAUUGUUUGAAUGAGUUGGAUAAGACUAUAAAUUGCUUGGAAACUGUCCCAACAAACUUUGUUGCUUGUAAAUGUACAUCAAAUGCAAAACGAAAUUUAAUUCUUGAGAAACUAGUAAAACUCUCUGAAGAUUGUAUGAAAAUUGAUGAACAAGUGGAACAAGUUAAAAAGGAAGAGAAUUGUUCUUCUGUAAGAGGUCCCUGUGAUUUGACGAAAAAUCUUCUUCCAUUUCUCGACUUGCAUACAAGAAUCUUAGAGAACAUCGAACAAAAAGUGGAUAAAGUCACGGACCAACUAAAGGAAGUCGACGGAUUAUUUAUCAAUGCCAAUAAAAGAAGUAUCGGCGCUUGUUACCACAAACCAAUACAUGACUUAACCUCUUCCACUUGCUAAGAAAUCAAAUAUACCAAACAAAAAAAGAAAACUCCAAUUUAUAAGAAAAAAACUUACAUAUUAUUUCAAUGACAUAACAAAACACUUUUUUAAUGCGAAAUGGAAUCAACAAUUGUGAAAAGUAGGAAGCAUCCAGGAAACUCCAGUUCCUUUAACUCUGGUUUUGGUUCUCUCUAAAGAAGACAAUAUCAUCGGCAAUGAUACUCGUACUCGGUCUUUGCGCGCCUGAUUGGUCUGUAAUUUCUCCGUAAGUUAUCCUUCCCUGAAUCAAAGUGCGUUGGCCUUUUUUAAGGUAUUCCAUAACAGUUUCUCGAAGAGCUGGCUUAAAGACAACAACACGAUGCCAAUCGGUGCGUUGUGCCCAAUCGCCACUUUCAUAUCUUUAAAUUCCCCCAAAAAGAAAUUUAAUAAAAAAAUAGAAAUGAUGUAAAUUUAA